AAAAGUAAUAGCAAUAACUAUAAUUAUAACUGAAUUUUAAUAACUUCCUACUGUAUACACAGAUAAAAUAGCACAAGAUGAUUCACAAACGAUUCAAAUCGAUGGAAGCAAGGCAUAAUGUCAUAAAUUGGCAUAGUAAAUACAUGUUACGAGUAUCAAUGAUAUAAUUGAUUCAUUCGGAAAUGUACUUAACAGUAAUAUCAGUGUAAUUACUUCUAUUGUUAGUAAUUAAUUGUUUUAUGGACUUACUGAGGAUUAUUGUGGUUAUUACAUGUUUACUGAAGAAAAUGAUCAGAAAUAACAAUUGAAUUUUUGUUAAGAAAAAGUACUUAGUUCGUAUUAAAACUGAUUGAACACUGUUUUAUGGGAUCAUUUGUUUACUGAAUGUGUCAAACAUGUAAGUUAUGAUAAUAACAGUUUGUAUUAUUAUCACUGUUCAAUGAUCAAGUAGCUAUUGGCUUGGAAUUAGAAUCGGGUCAUGACUUGUAUAAUAAAAUAAUUAAAGCGUCAGCUUAAUUAUACUAUGGUAAUGGAAAUAUAUCCUUGUUUAUAAAAACAAUCAAAGGGAUAUUCGCUAUUCAAUAGUCGUAAAUCAAGAGCGAUCAGUAAGUACAAUAAGAAGACGAAGAUUAUCAGAUUACAUUAAUUUAAAUUUAUCAAAGGGACUGAUUGCUUUGAAUCAAAAAAGAUAAUUAACUUACAAAAGUGAAAAAACACCACUAAGAUAAAAUGCUUGAAGAACUAAAUAUUGGUGAUUUAAAUGAUGUGCACAAUGAUAAUAAAACAGGAAAAUGGACUUCAUCCAAUGAUCGGAGUAGAUUAUCACGUUAUCGUGAAAGUUAUUGUUCUGAUGUGGAUUUACUGCCCUCACUGUGCACAAAAGUAACAGUUGAUAUUCAUCAAGAUAAUAUUAAUAAUAGUGAUUUUAUUCACUUAACUCGGAAAAAUUAUGAACCAUUAAGAAAUAGUGAUGGAGAUAACGUUAAGGUAGUUAACAAUAAUAGCGGCAGUGAUGAUAAGAGUGAUGAUGAUUAUAAUGAUGAAGAGAAUCUUAUGAGCUGGUUACUGAAACAGUUUAGGGAGAAUGGUUUAGAUUACAAUGACAAUAACUUAAAAAAUGAUGACUUAGAGAAAAUCGAUGCAUUUAAUUAUGUGAAGCGAUUAAAUCACAAAACAUCAACUAUCCCACAUAAUCUACCAAUAGAUGAUUCUAAUUCAUCUAUUUCAAGUUAUCAAGCUACAGUCGAUUCAAAGAAAUCAAAAACACAAAAUGAGCACCUAUUGAGUAAUAAUAAUAAUAAUAAUAAUUUUAGUAAAGAACAAUUUGGUCAUAAACAAUAUCAUCAUUUUCCUCGCAUGUAUCCACCUGUCAGAGAUUCAUCAGUCGAGUCUAGAAAGUUGUGCCAAAGGAAUAAAUCAAACAAUUCAAUAAUAACAACAGCAGCAACAACAACAACCACAACAACUAACCCACCUAUAGAAUCAGUGAAUUCAACUAUGCUAAAAACAAUAAACAAUACAAAACAUCAAUGUCAACUUAUCAAUGGUUUAUUUCAUCAAAUAACUAAAAAGUUGACUUGUUUACAUGAAUUCGACAAGCAAGUAAUUAAUGAACUUCAAAAUGCUAGCCAAAUCAUAAGUGAUUUACAAAAAACAAUAAAACUUUCUGAAUCUUCAUUAUUGAACUCAUUACAUUAUCAAUUAAAUGAGCAUUUUUGUCAACCUAAAAUAUUUAAAACAGAAUUUUAUAAAACUACAAAUAAUUUUAAAAAGAAAACUGGAAUAAAAGAUUUUUCUAAAAAGAAAGUUUAUAAUUUAGAUGAAAAUUUGAAAAGACCAAUUAUAGAUGAACAACAAUCAUAUCUAGUAUAUAGUUCAGAAUUAGAUUGUCGAUCACCUACGGAAAAGAAUCCAGUUAAACAGGAUGACUGGAAAAGUCCUAUUACAGAGAAAAAUGAACGCCAUUCAACACAAAGAAAAUUCACAGAAUCACCAUGGGGACCAGUAUCAGUUCAACAAGCAAAAAAAUUAACAAAAGAUUUUGACCAAUGCCCGAAAGUCAUUGGUCAAAACAAUAACAAUCGUAAAAAUAAUCACCUUAUAACAAAUGAUAAUUAUUCGAAAUGGUUAAAAUCUUCGAAAUCUUCAAUGAGUAAUAAUAAUUUAGAUAAAUUGAAUGAAUCUAUUUAUCAAACUAAUGAUGUAACUGAUAAAAAGUAUAAUUUCUCAAAUGAACGAUAUUUUAGCCAAUUAACUUUACCAAUCUAUUCAACUUUUUCCAGUACUAAAUCAAAUACAGUCUAUUUGAAUACAUCUAAAGAAUUUAAUGUUUCAGAGAGUAAUUCAAACAAAUUCACCACAACCAAAGGUAUUCAAUCUUUGUUUAGAUUACCAUUUAAAAGAAAAGCAAGUACACCUGGACCGAAUAUUCAAUUUGUAGAACACCCAUUAAAAUCUCAUGGACGUUCGGCUAGUUUAGCUCAAUUGAAUACAUCAAGUGAAAAUCCAUCUGUUAUGUCUGUAUCAAAUGAUCAAUUGAAUAAAAGUACUAAUAAAUUAAACGUGCCAUAUAUUAAACCUUUACUACUUAAAGAAUUGUCGAAAAUUUGAAAUUGAGAAACCAUUGAAAUGACCAUAUUUUUAUUUUUAAAAAUAUUUUAAAAAUCUUAAAAAUCCUUAAAUAAAAUCACUUGUGACUUUCUGCUUUAUAAUCUGCGUUCAAUAUAAUGCUGCUAAUAAAUAUUUUGUCCGUAAG